AUGUCAGCCCCUCAGUCGAUUGUCGUUUUUGGCGACCAAACCACCGACUUCAAACCAGGUCUACGCCAGCUGGUUGGUGUUGAAAAUAACGGUGUCUUGUCAUCGUUUUUUGAAUGCGUCUACUUUAACCUCCGUCAGGAGAUUUCCCAUCUCGGUUCCACCGAGAAGCAACUCUUCCCUCGUUUCACUAGUAUCAUCGAUCUGCUGGCGCGCUAUGAAGAAACCGAUGGCCAUGCCGUGCUAGAAUGCACCCUCACCACAAUCUACCACCUUGCGUCCUUUAUUAAGUUUCAUACUGAUACUGGUAAAGACUACCCUAGUCCGACAAAUACUCGGGUUAUGGGCUUGUGCACUGGACUGUUCGCUGCAGCAGCAGUGAGUUCUUCUAAGUCUAUGGCAGACCUGCUGCCGGCCGCGGUAGAAGCUGUUAUGACUUCCCUGCGCGUCGGGCUGCGUGUCUUCAAAAUGGGCCAGAUAAUAGAACCUUUCGCCAAAGCAUCCGAUACCUGGUCGGUAUUGGUUCCUGGAACUCGCGCCCAAGAUGCAGUGGGAAUUGUCCGGGCUUAUACACAUCAAAAUAAACUCUCAGUUGGCUCUCAACUCUACGUCAGUGCCGUCUCCGCCAACAGUGUGACUGUCAGUGGCCCUCCCGCUCAAAUUCAGCGGUUCAUCACCAACAAUCCCACCAUCCGCAGCUACGCCAAUACCCAGAUUCACGCACCCUACCACGCGCCACACCUGUUUGACGACUCGGAUAUAGAGGCACUCGCAUCGGCUGAGAAGCUGCCUGCAGAGCUCGUUUCUCGAACACCAGUCUUACCCUUCAUAUCCAGCGUCACUGGACAGCCUGUCCAGGCAGAUGACUUCGUCACACUGCUCAAAACGGCAGUGAAAGAGAUUUUGCGGGAGCCAUUGCGCCUGGACAACAUCUUUGAACAUGUACCCCGCAGCAUCUCGGCGGCUGGCACUGGUUCUUGCAACGUUUUGACCUUUGCUACCGGUAUUGGUUCGUCCCUGGCUACAAGCCUUAAGAGCCAGAAUGUAGAUACAACCCUGAUUGACCCUUCCUCGGGCAUACAGGACAAGCGCAGUGACACCAAUCCACGAUACUCGACUGCUCGGGCUAAGAUUGCCAUCAUCGGUCUGUCCGGUCGGUUCCCUGAAGCUGCUGGGCAUGAGCAGUUCUGGAAGCUACUUGAAAAGGGUCUCGAUGUCCACAAACCGGUGCCAUCUGAUCGCUUUGGCAAAGACCACUACGAUCCUACCGGAAAGCGGAAGAACACGAGCAAAGUUCAGAACGGCUGUUGGAUCAACGAGCCCGGUAUGUUUGACCCUCGCUUUUUCAACUUGUCGCCGCGCGAAGCUGCCCAGGCGGAUCCUGGCCAGCGUUUGGCGCUGCAGACAGCCUAUGAGGCCCUCGAGAUGGCUGGCGUGGUGCCUGACUCUACGCCAUCCACCCAACGCGACCGAUUUGGAGUAUUCUAUGGUAUGACAAGUGAUGAUUACCGUGAGGUGAACAGCGGCCAGGACAUUGAUACCUAUUUCAUCCCCGGCGGCAAUCGCGCCUUCACACCCGGCCGUAUCAACUACUAUUUCAAGUUUAGCGGACCGAGUGUCAGUGUUGACACUGCCUGUUCGUCCAGUCUCUCUGCAAUUAACAUGGCAUGCAAUUCCCUGUGGCGCAACGACUGCGAUUCUGCCAUCGCCGGCGGAACAAACAUCAUGACAAACCCGGACAACUUUGCUGGACUAGACAAGGGUCAUUUCCUCACACACAAGGGAAACUGCAACACCUUUGAUGACGAGGCAGACGGCUACUGUCGUGCUGAUGCUGUCGGAACUGUGGUUUUAAAGCGACUUGAUGAUGCCCUGGCCGAUAAGGACCCGAUUUUGGGUGUCAUCUUGGGAGCAUACACAAACCACAGCGCUGAGUCGGUGUCGAUCACCAGACCUCAUGCAGGCGCCCAGGAGUUCAUUUUCCAGAAACUCCUCAACGAGUCGGGAGUGCAUAUGCACGACGUUAGCUACGUGGAAAUGCACGGAACCGGAACCCAGGCCGGCGAUGCAGCAGAGGCGACGUCUGUUUUGAGUGCUUUCGCGCCCGAUUAUACUCGAAAGCGAGAUCAACCACUUUACAUUGGAUCUGUCAAGUCCAAUGUGGGCCACGCCGAGUCGGCGUCUGGAGUGACUUCUCUCAUCAAGGUGCUGCUGAUGUUGCAGAAGAAUCUUAUCCCGCCUCACGUCGGAAUAAAAACCCGGAUUAACCAUACAUUCCCCACUGACUUUGAUGAGCGCAAUGUCCAUAUUGCCUUCAAACCGACGCCCUGGAACCCGCCCAAGGUAGGACCGCGACGCGCCUUUGUGAAUAACUUCUCUGCUGCCGGUGGCAACACCGCACUGCUAUUGGAAGAAGGGCCCAAGUACACUGAGAUAGCCCGGGCUGAUCCGCGCUCGACUCAUGUGGUAACGAUAACGGCCAAGUCACGGACUGCUCUGCAGAAGAAUAUCAACUCCCUGAUCUCCUUUAUGGACAAGUACAGCAAUGACACGCAAAAUAAUACUGAAUUUCUGGGAAGGCUGUCGUACACUCUAACCGCUCGCCGCAUUCACCACCCUUACCGGGUUGCCGUAUGUGGAUCGACAGUGGUUGAUAUUCAAAGCUCCUUGGAGGCAGUGGACUGUAACAUCGUGAAACCAGUGUCCGCCAGCCCGGGUCCGGUUGUCUUUGUCUUCACCGGCCAAGGAGCGCAGUAUGCCGGAAUGGGCCAACACUUGUUUGCCAACCUGUCUGAAUUCCGGACGGAUAUGUUGAUGUUCGACACUAUGGUGAGGCGUGAAGGACUGCCAUCUAUUCUUCCCUUAGUGGAUGGAACCGUCUCUGCUGACACCCCCAACUCCGAAAUUGAUCCCUUGGUCUUGCAGCUCGGUGCUACAUGCUUGCAGCUAGCCCUUAUUCGCUUUUGGAAAUCUUUGGGCAUUCAACCACGCUACGUGGUCGGUCAUAGUUUGGGUGAAUAUGCAGCCCUCACCGCUGCUGGAGUUCUCACGGCUAGUGACACGAUCCAGUUGGCCUGUGCCAGAGCUCGAUUACUGCAGCGCUACUGCCAUGUCGGGACACACUCUAUGCUUGCUGUUAGAGCUAGCCGAGAGUUACUCGCCCCCAAUCUCAACUCGAACGCCUGUGAGGUGGCCUGUGUCAACGGACCUGAGGAUACGGUGAUUAGCGGGCGCGAAAGUGCCAUCUCUAGUCUGGCGGAGCAGUUGAAGGCCGAUGGGGUCAAAUGCACCAAGUUGCAAGUGCCGUAUGCCUUUCACUCGUCCCAGGUGGAUCCAAUCCUUGACGAUCUCGAGGAGGCAGCUCGUGCCGUCACAUUCCACGAGCCAGCCAUACCGGUGAUUUCAUCCCUGCUCGGAGACGUUGUGACCAACGGUGGCGUAUUUGGACCGCAGUAUCUGCGACGGCACUGUCGUGAAAAGGUCGAUUUCCACGGUGCUCUCGUCGCUGCCCAACAGUCGCAAGUGACACCGCUCGAGAAGACAAUCUGGCUCGAGGUGGGUUCUCAUCCUAUCUGCUCUGCCAUGAUAAAAUCCACCGUUGGGGUGAAAGCAACCACGUUGUCCACCAUGCAUCGCAAGGAGGACACCUGGAAAACGCUUUCUGGCACGCUCGCCUCCUUUUAUCUCGCUGGAGUUGAACCGUCCUGGCGCGAGUAUCAUCGUGAUUUCGCUGCAUCCCAGCGAGUGCUGCAGUUGCCAACAUACAACUGGGAUAAUAAGAAUUACUGGAUCCAGUACAAACACUCGUGGGCACUGACCAAGGGUGAUGCUCCCAAAAUUUCAGAAAGCGAGGCCCAAUCCAAUGAAGACAAGUUUUCAACUUCGUCUGUUCAGUCAAUUGUCAGCGAGAAUCAGGAAAGCAAUGGAGCCACGGUUGUCAUGCAAUCUGACUUGUCGCACCCAGAGCUCCAGCGGAUGUGUAAGGGCCAUUUAUUAAAUGGUGUCCCCCUCUGCCCAUCGUCACUGUAUGCCGAUAUUGCUGAGACGAUGGGCAAAUACUUGCUCGGAACAUGCAAGCCUGAGCUCCAGGACUACGGUGUCGAUGUGAAGGAUAUGAGUGUCGAUAAACCCUUGAUUUUCCAGGGGAUCAACUCGCAACCAUUCCGGGCAUCCGUUACAGCGGAUUGGGGUACAAUGGACGCGAAGAUGACCAUUUACAGCGUAAACCUAGAAGGAACCAAGACAAUGGAACAUGCCACUUGCCGUCUGCAGUUUGCCGAAACAGGAAAGUGGCUGAAGGAAUGGCAACGCAUAUCGUAUCACAUCAAAAGAAGCAUUUUGCACUUGGAAACGGGUGUAGAGGAGGGCGUAUGCAGUCGUUUCCGCACUGGAAUGGCAUACAAGCUAUUCGCCGCUCUGGUCGACUACCAGCCAGACUACAAGGGAUUCCGAGACAUCAUCCUAGACAGCGAAUCCUACGAAGCGACAGCAACAGUCAAGUUCCAGACUCCUGCCCGCGGUUUCAAACGCAACCCCGUGUGGAUUGACAGCUGCGGUCAGUUAACCGGGUUUACGCUCAACGCCAACGAUGCCACCAGCAAGGACCAGGUUUACGUCAACCACGGAUGGGAAUCGGUUCGAUUCGCCAAAGAUCUUGAUUAUGAAAAGGUUUAUCGCACCUACGUGAGGAUGCUCCCCAUAGGUGGGACCAAAUACGCUGGCGAUCUGUUCGUCCUAGACGACGAUGAAAUUAUCGCCAUGUAUAGUGCAGUAACAUUCCAAGCCAUCCCGCGUCGCCUCCUUGAGAUAGCUUUACCAUCCCCUUCUCAGUCUAAAGCGUCAACUCCCUCAGCCCGAACAAAGUCUACGAAUCCCGUUUCAUCUUCGUCUUCUUCAAUCCAGUCAAAACAGUCAAGUAGUUCUGUUGCACCCGCUUCUUCCAAGGGAUCUAGUCAAAAAUCUUUGAAAAAAGUGAAGAAGGCUGAGAGCGAUUCGGCAUUGAUUAGCAAGGGAAGUGUCACCUCGGAGCCCAUAGUUUCCACAAAUGGCGCUCUGGGCCGAGCCCUAGCUAUCAUUGCAACGGAAGUGGGAGUUUCGACUCAGGAGAUGUCAAAUGACGACGACGCUAGUUUUGCGGACUACGGAGUUGAUUCUCUCCUCUCACUGACCAUCACAGGUAGGCUUCGCGAGGAACUUGACAUUGAGCUGCCAUCUUCUGUUUUCAUGGACUACCCAACAUUUGGCCAGGUCCAGGCAGUUCUUUCUGAAAAGACUGGAACUUCUGUAGCACCAUCAUCGUCUGGCACGCCGACUGAUGAUGAUUUCUCACUUAUCUCGGGUUCAGUCGGGGCUCCCACCGAGACAUCGACACCGCCAACUGAGCUCUCGAGCGAGGGUGUUAGUGGUAUUCAAGAGAUUCUUGCUGAGGAAAUCGGGUUGUCUCCCAGUGAGGUCGGCAGUGCCGAAAGUCUAGGAGAAUUAGGCUUGGAUUCUCUGCUGUCACUGACCGUGGUCGGUAGAGUUCGUGAGGAACUCGGUCUCGAGCUCCCAAAUGACUUCUUCAUCGUGAAUGGAACAUUGGAAGAGAUCCAAAAGGCAUUGGGGUCUAAGUCGGCAUGCGGCAACGAUAGCACGGAUGUUAUCGAACAGGCAACGGCCCGGGUUGCGAGGGAAAUGCCUGCUAGCAAGACGACAAGUGUGCCACCUGCGACAUCUAUUCUUCUGCAGGGAAGCCCUCAGACGGCGACUCAGAUCCUCUUCCUGUUCCCUGAUGGGUCUGGCUCGGCCACAUCAUAUUCAUCCCUUCCCCAGGUCUCUCCGGACACGUGUGUGUACGGGCUCAACUGCCCGUACGUGAAGAAGCCAGACGAGAUGAAUUGUCGGCUCGAUGAGUUGACGACACCGUUUGUGGCCGAAAUCCGGCGACGACAGCCCAAGGGUCCAUACAAUCUGUCCGGCUGGUCGGCGGGUGGUAUCUCUGCCUACGACGCUAUGCGCCAACUGUACGCUAUGGGCGAAAGAGUCGAGCGGCUGAUCCUUCUGGACUCGCCAAACCCAAUCGGACUUGAGAAGCUGCCGCCACGUCUAUAUGACUAUUUCGACAGCCUGGGACUGUUUGACUCGGUGCCACCAGCAUCCCGCUCUCGACUAAUCAAACACUUCCUGAUGUUUAUUGAUGCAUUGGAUACGUACAAGGCCCAGCCAUUCCCAGCCGAACUGGCACCAAAGACACACAUCAUUUGGGCCAAAGAUGGUGUAUGCAAGAGUGAUGAGGCGUCUCCCCUUCGUGAGGAUGACCCUCGCGAGAUGAAGUGGCUGUUGCUUGACCGGAGUGAUGUUGAUGUUGGCCCCAACGGCUGGGAUAGCCUUGUGGGAAAAGAGAAUAUUAACAUUGAAAUUUUGCAAGGAGCGAAUCAUUUCUCCAUGAUGCAUGGUGAGAAUGCGAAGAAACUAGCGGCGUUUAUUGGAAGGGCUAUGAAGUGA